AUGGCUACACAGUCUCUAUCCGUCUUCGUCUGUGGCGUUACGGGCAAUCAAGGCGGCGCCGUAGCCAAGCGUCUUUUGGAAUUGAACUGGAAUGUCCACGCAACUGUUCGAGACCUCGAGUCGCCUAAAGCAGUUGCCUUGGAAGCAGCCGGUGUGAAGCUUACCCAAGGCGACUGGGAAGAUGAAGAGGCACUCAAGACGAGCAUCGCCGGCUGCAGCAAGAUGUUUAUCAAUCUCGUUUCGACCUGGGAUGAUUUCGAUCGUGAACGUCGACAGGCUGCGAAAAUAGUUGAUAUCGCUAAAGAGUCCGGGGUGAAGCAAGUGAUUUUAUCCACGAGCCUUGGCGUAUCCCGUACGUUCACUUACAUUUACCUCCAACCUGGUACGAUGCUGCAUACCUUUCUUAAGGUCAAGAAGGAUGUGGAAGAGACUAUGAAAGAAGGGAGAUUUGACUUAUGUACCAUUGUACGGCCCGGGUACUUCAUGGCUAAUUUCUUGGAGCCGGUAAUCGAGGGCUACUCGGAGAUCUUGGAAAAAGGAACAUGGUCCACCGUUCUCAAGGCUGAUACCCGCCUCGGGCUGAUUGACCACGACGACGUCGCCAAAUUCACCGUCGCAGCCUUUCAAAAUCCAGAUCGAUUUGACGGUCGGGCUAUCGGGCUUGCCAGCGAGUUCCUCACCCCACAAGAGACACUGGAUUGUCUCGGCCAAGCGAUGGGACGGCCGGGCUUGAACGCAGUCUUCCUGACUGAAGAAGACGUCGCCAAGCUGCCUGCUGGGUCUUUCGACAACCCUUAUAUUAAGGGCGACAAAUGCUUAGAGCACAUGGAAGAACUUGUCGACAUACAGGAACUGGCCACUGUGAUCCCACUAACCAGCUUCAAAGAUUUCCUUGAGAGGGAAAAGGCACAUGUCAAAAAGCUGUAA